ACGGACGAGUUAUUUAGGCCGAUGUGUAGUCCGUAUCCGUAGUGUACUUCGUUCUGAGCUGCUGUCGUGCAACACAUGUCGUCAUUUUUUUAGCUUGUGGGUUCCAGGGUCGAGGCGAGUCCGAGUAAACCCUAACCCUGCUAGGGAAAUAGAUUUUGGAAAAAAUCUCGGCCCAAUUCAACAACCCCUCCAUCCACCCCUCAGCAGCCUCCUCCAGCGAACGAACUCUCAGACCCUCGGUCCAAUCCAGCUUACAGAGCCCUCCACACCCCUGCUAUCCAGCUCUGCACAACCAGGGGCUGCCAAAGAACUCAACAAUGGCGAGCGCCGAUCCCAGUCCCGCGACCUGCCAGUCGAACUUUGAGCAGGGCGUAGCCCUCGCGCUGCAUCUGUGGCCUGCGCUGACGCUGGCGGUGCAAAACAACUGGGGCGGCCCGGACUCGGCCGACAAGCGGGACUGGUUCGCGGGGGCGAUCGUGGAGCUGUUCCCGGACAUUUCCAAGCUCACGCCGGCGCAGCUGCAGCAAAAACAGCAGAGGAAAGCCCAACAACAGUCUCAAUCACAGUCACAGUCACAAGGAGGCGGAGGAGUGGGUGAGGACGAAGAGCCGGACCAGGUCGACGUCGAGACGGUCCUGCUCCAAGUCAUGCUGGACGAGUUUGAGGUGAACGUUGAGGAUGAUUCGGCGUUCGAGGUGGCUGAGCAGGUGGUGCGCAUACGGGCUGAGUGCUUGAAGGGGAGGUUUGAGGAGGUGGAAGCGUUGCGGAGGAGGUGGGAAGGAAGGAAGGGGAACAAGGUUGUUUUUAAGCAGGCGGAGGAUCAGGAGGACGAGACGGAUUGGGAUACCGACGACGACGAGGAUGGUGACGAGGAGGAUGGCGAUAUUGAGAUGGGUGAAGCACCCCCGCUGGUAGAGGCGCCUACAAGGAAAGAAAAGGAGGCGCCUGAAGUAGACGAGGACGGUUUUACCAAGGUUACAAGGAAGAAGAGGUAGAGUGUCGGUUGGGUUGGCAAAGGUUUCAGCGAUAUCUGUGAUGUUAUUACCGGGUUUUCUCUUAUUCUGCACGAGCAGCGGGACCCGAGCAUGAAACCAGAGCCGUCAACGAAUAUUCAAUACCGCACACCAAAGCAAACGAACGAUUGCACCCGAACGCCUGCCUCGGGGCAUAACCCAGUCUCGC